AUGUCAGGGAAAUCACGUACAGAGCUAUUGCAGUGGAUCAACACCACUUUGGAAUUGAACUACACCAAGAUUGAACAAUUGGGAUCAGGCGCUGCUUAUUGUCAAUUAUUUGAUUCGAUUUAUCUGGAUGUUCCAAUGGCAAAAGUCAAAUUUGACGCGUCUAAAGAGUAUGAAUAUUUGGCCAAUUUCAAAGUAUUACAAAACAAUUUCCUGAAACAUAAGAUCAAUAAGACAGUGCCCGUGGAAAGAUUGAUCAAAUGUAGAUUUCAAGAUAAUUUAGAAUUUGUUCAAUGGGUAGAGAAGUUUUGGCAAGAUAAUAAAGAUGAAUCGGAUUAUGAUCCUAAUUCAAGAAGAAAAUAUAUGCCUCCUGCUGGUGCUGCUGGUGCAGGUGGUCCUUCUGGUGCUAGUACGAGGUCUUCAAGAGCUUCUUCAACUGGUCCUUCAACUCUUAACCGCCGUACUGUGUCAAAUUCAUCAACUGGUUCAACUAUAAUUGGAUCAAAUAGACCUCCACCAAGAACAGGUUCAAGAAAUACAAGUUUUGGAUCUAAACCACCUUCUAGGAUAUCAUCUUUGAAUGGUAAUGGUUCUUCCUCGUCUUCAAAUGCUAUAAAUACAGAAUUACAAAAUGAAUUAACUAUAACAAAAACUAAAUUAUCAGAUACUGAAUUAGCAUUAAAUGAAGCAUCAAUGCUUGCAGAUUCAUUAGAAAGUGAAAGAAAUUUUUAUUUCAAUAAAUUAAGAGAAAUUGAAAUUUUAACUGAAAAUACAAGUGAUUUUAUUGGUGAUGCACCAAUUGAACAACAUCCAAGUUUAAAAGAAACUUUAUUGAAAAUUCAAGAAAUUUUAUAUAAUACUGAAGAAGGAUUUCAAUUACCUAAUGGUGAUCUUGAAAUUGAUCAAUUACCUGUUGAUACAGAUCCUAUGAAUAUUGAAGAAGAAACAUUUUGA